AAUGGAAGAACAAAUGAAAAACCCAACAAAUCUUCUGAAACCGUAAAAGAAAUUACGUUUUGGAUCUUUCAACCGUACACGUGCUCUACCUAACAAGUAACAAACGCCCCCUUUUCCUCUGCCCCUCCAAAACCAACUCCUCCAUUUUUGUUGCACUUCACUCUCGACCCUUCUCUGUAUUUUCCGCCUUCUGGGUCGCCGUUUCCGCCGCCAUUGCCGGCCGUCGCAACCCCUGAUGGCGUUUCACCAUCUGGGUAUCUCUCUUCUUCCUUCUCCAUGAUUCACCUGCGCUUGUUUUUGGAAUUUCUGUUCCCAUUCCCAUGUGGGUAGCUUCUUAAUUACACCCCAAUGCGCCGUUGCGGCGGUCGACGACGGGCCUGCUUCUGGCCCGCCUGAUUUUUCUGUGUUUUCCAGUCUUGCAUGGAGCUUGCGUUUCUUUAAUCUCUGAAGGUGGAGAGUUUUAGGUUCUGAAGAAAUGUCCGCUUCCUCCUCAUCGAACACGGCUCAGAGCGGGAAUGCGAGAAGCAACGAUGGCUUAUUGACAGUGAAUGAGAUUGAAGAAACUGAGUUUUCGAAGUUAUUGAAUAGGCCGAGGGCGCUGAACAUGGAGAGACAGAGGUCGUUUGAUGAAAGAUCGCUUGGGGAAUUGGCGAUUGGUUUCUCCCCGCGGCUAUCGUCGAAAAUUUCUUCGGAGAACUUCGCUCGAAUGAUGGAAAUUAGUGAUCAAACUCCAUCUCCUGGCAGAAAAUCGGAUUUCAAUACUCCGAGAUCACAGAAUGGAUUCGAGCAGCAUCCCAUGGUGGCUGAAGCUUGGGAUGCUUUGAGGCGUUCGUUGGUCCAUUUCCGUGGCCAACCAGUCGGCACUAUUGCUGCAUUGGACAGUACUGAAGAGAAUCUUAACUAUGAUCAAGUGUUUGUGAGAGACUUUGUUCCAAGUGCCUUUGCUUUUCUGAUGAAUGGGGAGCCUGAAAUAGUAAAGAACUUUAUCUUAAAGACACUUCGGCUUCAAUCAUGGGAGAAGAAGAUUGACAGAUUCCAGCUUGGAGAAGGGGUGAUGCCUGCUAGCUUCAAGGUGCUUCAUGAUCCAGUGAGGAACAGUGAAACUUUAAUAGCAGAUUUUGGAGAGAGUGCAAUAGGAAGAGUUGCUCCAGUUGACUCUGGAUUUUGGUGGAUUAUAUUGCUUAGAGCAUACACAAAGUCCACUGGUGACUCGUCCUUGGCUGAACUACCAGAAUGUCAGAAGGGAAUGCGCCUUAUUUUGAGUCUCUGUCUUUCGGAAGGAUUCGACACAUUCCCUACACUUCUCUGUGCCGAUGGAUGCUGCAUGAUUGAUAGACGAAUGGGUGUGUAUGGCUACCCAAUUGAAAUUCAAGCUCUUUUCUUUAUGGCUUUAAGGUGUGCUUUGCUUUUGCUUAAGCAAGACCAUGAAGGGAAGGACUUUGUAGAAAGAAUCACAAAACGGCUUCACGCCUUGAGCUAUCACAUGAGAAGUUACUUUUGGCUGGACCUAAAGCAACUGAAUGAUGUAUACCGAUAUAAAACUGAAGAAUAUUCUCAUACUGCUGUGAACAAGUUCAACGUUAUACCCGAUUCCCUUCCCGAAUGGGUUUUCGACUUUAUGCCAACUCGUGGUGGUUACUUUAUUGGAAAUGUCAGUCCUGCAAGAAUGGACUUCCGUUGGUUUUGCUUAGGCAACUGCAUUGCAAUUCUUUCCUCCUUGGCAACACCAGAACAGUCCACUGCUAUUAUGGAUCUUAUAGAAUCACGGUGGGAAGAACUAGUCGGAGAAAUGCCGUUGAAGGUUUGUUACCCUGCCAUUGAAAGCCACGAGUGGCGAAUCAUAACUGGAUGUGAUCCGAAAAAUACAAGAUGGAGUUACCACAAUGGUGGUUCUUGGCCAGUUCUUCUAUGGCUUCUAACAGCUGCAUGUAUCAAGACCGGUCGACCCCAAAUUGCGAGACGCGCACUGGAACUGGCUGAAAUGAGGCUGCUGAAAGACAACUGGCCGGAAUACUACGAUGGGAAGCUGGGGCGAUUUGUCGGAAAACAGGCACGGAAGCUGCAAACGUGGUCGAUUGCAGGUUACUUGGUGGCAAAGAUGAUGCUGGAAGACCCUUCUCAUUCAGGGAUGGUGUCCCUGGAGGAAGACAAGCAGAUGAAGCCUGUAAUGAAAAGGUCACAUUCAUGGACUUGUUAGUGCUUCUUUUUGAAGCUUGUGAUGAUUCUACUUUCUUCCUCUUCUACUUUGUUAAUUAGUGCUUAGUUGAACAUUAUCGCUAAUACAGAAAUCUAAGGACACGUUUGUUUGGCA